UGAUUGGUCAGUGGGCGGUGUUCUUCGGAGGUUUCAUUGAGAUAGGGUACAGCUGGGGAGCGCAGCGGAGUGAGCUCACACAGUGAAAGCGUCUGAACGUGAAGAAAGAUUGAUGUGGACGUGACGGUUUUUAGGAGGACAGGAAAGUUGUUUGUUUGAGCCCGUGGCACACCAAAGACCCACGAAAAACAACCAAAAUGCUUUGCCACGUGACUCGUCCGGACUCGGUGGUGAUGGAAGUGCAAGUCGACGCGAAGGCGAACGGAGAAGAUUGUCUCAAUAAGGUUUGCAGGAAGUUGGGCAUUAUUGAAGCUGACUACUUUGGGCUGCAGUUCACGGGCAGCAAGGGAGAGAAUCUGUGGCUGAAUCUGAGGAACCGCAUCUGCCAGCAGAUGGAUAAUGUGACGCCGUGCCGGCUGAGGCUGCGGGUCAAGUUCUUUGUGGAGCCUCAUCUCAUUCUGCAGGAACAGACCAGACACCUGUUCUUCCUGCAUGUGAAGGAGGACCUCCACAACGGUCACCUCCGAAUGGGCUCCGAACAAGCAGAGGAGCUGAGUGCCCUGCUGGCUCAGGCAGAGUUCGGGGACUACAACCAAAACACCGCCCAGUACUGGUAUUCGGAGCUGUGCGGGGAGGAGCCCAGUGCCGCCUCCAUCAACAGCAUCAUUUCCAGACACAAAGCUUUAGAAGGCUCGAGCCAAGCUUCUGUGGAGUACCAGGCCCUCCAGCUGGUCUCUGCUAUGGAGCAUUAUGGGGUGGAGUGGCACUGGGCCCGUGACGCCAACGGUCAGCGGACGGCCAUCGGCGUCGGUCCUGAGGGGAUCGCCGUUUGCAAAGACGACUUCACUUUGGUCAAUAGAAUAAGUUAUCCCAUCAUCCAAAUUGCCACGCAGUCGGGGAAAAGUGUCUAUCUGACGGUUACCAAGGAUACCAACGACAGUGUAGUGCUUCUGUUCAAGUUGAUCAGCAACCGCGCAGCCAGCGGUCUCUACCGCGCCAUCACAGAGACGCAUGCUUUCUACAGGUGCGACACGGUCACUAACGCAGUGAUGAUGCAGUACAGCAGAGACUUCAAGGGCCACCUGGCAUCCCUCUUCCUCAACGAGAACAUCAACGUGGGCAAGAAGUACGUCUUCGACAUCAGACGCACCGCCAAGGAGGUGUACGACCACGCCCGCCGCUCGCUCUACAACACCGGCAACAGAGACUUGGCGUCGCGCUCCAAGAGCAGCUCCCCGUCCUCGUGCUCUCCGACCAGAGACGACCAGCAGGACAAGGACCUGGACUGCAGCAGCUGCCACAUGAGCCGAGCCCUGCAGGAGCGGCUGCAGAAGCUCCGGGAGGCCCUCCUCUGCAUGCUGUGCUGCGAGGAGGAGAUCGACGCCGCUUUCUGCCCCUGCGGACACAUGGUGUGCUGCCAGACCUGCGCCAACCAACUGCAGCUGUGUCCUGUUUGCCGGGCGGACGUGGAGCACGUUCAGCACGUCUACCUGCCCACGUGCACCAGCCUCCUGAACCUGACGCUGACCGACAACAGCCAGCUCCGCAGCAGCAUCCCGCCGCCCAUCCACCGGGACACCACGUCCCCUCACUCCUGCUCCCCCACGGAGUAUGAGCACAAGCUCUGCCACACAUGAGACGCUGACGCCAGCGGGCGCCACGGACUCUUUCAAAGCACCGCCAGCUUUGUGUUUUUUGUAAAGAUGGAACAUUUCCUGCACAGAAAUGGACGUCAAAAUCAAAGAUCACACUCCCAACCACUUUUAUUUUUUUAAUCCCUGUCUCUUUGUCAGGCGUUUUCUUUUAACACAUUUAUUUACUUUCUUUAAAUCCUAUAUUGUGAACUAAAUGAUGAAUCAGUUGAUCUGAUCCAGAACUAUUUUGACUUUGUUUUUUGGGAGAUAGCCGUUUUUGGCUCAGAACCUAAAUAAUGUGACUUUUUAUUUUUCAAUCAUUUAACAGGAUUGAAGUUAUUUUUUUAUGAAUUGAUGGUUUCAAUGUGUUAACAGUCGUUUGUGUGUGUUUGUGUGUACAUUUGAACAUUGCAGUUAUUUUACGUUGAGAUUGAAUCGUUGUUUGAGUUUCUACACCAAUGAUGGAGGUUUUCCUUGGCGCCGCUGUUCUGCUUUAACCUGUUCUUGACACGUUCCCGGGUCUCCGACUUUAGCGAUUAACUAAAGCCUGUAAACGGAUGCCGCUUAACCGACUGCAGCUCCGUCUCAUCCAAACCGAAGCGGAGAGCGCUGGCAUGCACUCUGCAGAAGCAGCGCCGCAGCUGCUUCCUCCAAAAACCUCCGCUAAAGUUUCUUUAGUUUUCAUGAAUUCUCUUUGCUGUUUUAAGGGUACUAAGAGAUCUGUAAGUGCAAUACUUGUGCUUUUGUUUUUAUUUUUUGCCAAGCUUUUGUUUUUCUUUUUAAUUUAAAUUCUAAGUAUAUAUUUAAACAAGACAAUGCCACUUUACUAAAGAAUAUUCCCACGUCUUUAGAGAUUUGCUUUAAUGUAGCAGCAACAUGUUUGUUAUGACAAACUUUCCUUUAUUGCUGACACCGUCGAGCUCAGCGACUGCAGGGGAAGGAGUUUUUAUCUCACAGCACAAGCAGUUUGUUUCUGUUUUCUGAAGCAAAAGUCUCCAUGCAACUUUUAGAGUGAAAGUCGUUUUUUGUGUUUUUCUAUGCACUCUGCUUUUAAAACGAGUAUUAAUAAAGUUCUUUGGAAGAGAAAAAA